AUGACGGAAAGUGGUCUAGAUUGGAACUCGCUCGUUGCGUUUGACAAUGUCGCAGCUGGCCACGACGGCGUCAUGUCAGACGCAUCUGGUAGUUUGAUCAUCAAACCAUGCGUCGCGGCCGAGGUGCAAUUCUAUGAGGUUUCCAAUGCUGAGCACCCAGAAUUCGCGCAGCUGAUGCCGACAUUCAUGGGCAGCCUACAACACGAGGCCAACAACCCCCUACGAGGAAAGAAACUGGAUACAGGACUUGCCAUUGUGUUGGAGAACGUACUGGCUGGGUUCCAAAAGCCCAACUUCGUUGAUGUGAAGCUGGGCAAACGACUCUGGGCUGAUGAUGCACCACUUUCCAAGCGUAACAAGCUGGACGAUGUCGCAUCCCAGACGACCAGUGGUUCGCUUGGCUUCAGGAUAGCAGGCAUGAAGGUAUGGCAGCCCGAGGGUUCGGGGGAGUACAAGGUAUUCGACAAGUUCUACGGUAGAACUUUGACGUCAGACAAUGUAAGGAAUGCUUUCUCAACCUUUCUCUGUGUCGACCAGAAGACGGAGACUUCAGACAUAGUUGAAGAUGUCAUCAGCAACAUUGAAGAGGCCGUCGGCGCUAUAGAACAGAUCAUUGCCAAGCAGGAAAGCAGAAUGUACUCGGCGAGCUUACUGUUUGUCUAUGAGGGAGACCCACAAGCGCGUAAAGAAGCUCUUGACUCUGCUGUUACUCAGACGGAACAGAGUCGGCACUCCGAUGAUCGCAGACAAGAGGGCGAGAAUGUUGCUGAAGAUGAAGACGAUGAAGAGGACGAGCAAGCUGAACCAAAGCUAUUCGACAUCAAAUUGAUUGAUUUUGCUCAUGCAGAGUGGACACCAGGGCAAGGACCGGACGAGAACAUGCUGAUGGGCAUACGCAACGUCCGCAGAGUCCUGAGGGAUCUGAUGAAAGAAGUCAGUCACGAGUGA